CAGGCACCAACAGGCCUAAUAGGAAUCGAACCUAACUACAUUCUAUCCCCCUAUCCAGUAUCUACAUCCAAGUUGUCUUAGGGUAUUUCAAUAAAGUGGGCCACCCUAAGGAGUGAGAUGCUUACAAAUCAACAAUCACGACGCAUGCAUAAGCCCAAGGAGACCAGACUCAAGUAAGAAGAAUAUUACUUCCUACUUUCAAGUAACUUGAAAAAUGUCUGCCAACGCAACAACCCCAGAUGUUAUACAAUUGUGUAAUCUAUGUAGUAAACCCAUUGCCACAGAAUCUGCUUACAAGCGGCACGUUGCAUACUGCCGCCGCACUCGAAGCCGUCCUAGAAAACGACCUCGCUCUUGCAGGGAAUGCCAUUCUGCCAAGGCAAAAUGUAGUUUUGAGCCCGAGUGCUCACGUUGCAAAUCCAAAGGCCUACAUUGUGUCUAUGAAAAGCUUACAACCGCUCUUGUUACUCAAAAUAACGGUCAAAAUGGCUGUAUAGCGAGCCCAACGGGUAACCUUGGAUUUCUUAUGGAGGUGCCUUAUUCGCCAUUGGAACAUCUCUCUGAAAUGCCCAACUUCGGUUCUUCAACUAUCCUGGACCUCCCGGCUUCGUCACCUCGAUCAGUAGUCGCUCUUCGCGCCGACCCCGUGGCCCAGCAGAGCGCUAAAUUUAUCCUGGAAUCUUUCCGAGGACUCCCACUUACGAUGAUUAGUAGAGAGACUUUUGCGUGGUUUACUCACGGGUUCUGGUUUCAGCCCGAGCCUCCCCAGAAUAUCGUCAGGUGCUCGAAAGUUGCGAACUUGUAUGCCGACCGCAAAUCGCUUGCGCCAGACUCGUUUUGGUCUAUCAUCAACCAAGAGAAUCGACAGCUUCUUCGGGACCUUCCUAACUGCUCUGCAAGAGAGUUGGUGUCAGGCAUGCAGACACAGAUUGUGUAUAUGAUAAUGUUCGCUCUAGACGACCUUUCUGCGGAUAAAAUCCCGGAAAUAACCCUCCAGAUGCUUAUGACGUUCGAGCUUUAUGCCAAAAAGGCUUACGAGAUCGACAGCAACGUGUGGUUUCCUAUUGACAGCCUAGAUGAUCCUCAUCUGACCUGGGAGGAUUGGGUUGCUGCGGAAGUACAACGGAGGUGUACUAUUACCUGGUUUCUCCUGAGUCGUGUGAUAGACCUAAAAUUUGGGGUCAUGUGUUCUAGCAUCAGGAACUGCCGCAGACUUCAACUCCCCUGUCCCGGAUCACUUUGGAAUGCUAGAACCCGGGAUGAGUGGGAAGCUGCUCGCAAGAUCCAUUGCCGUGAUCAAUUGAAGUUGAUACGGAAUUUCGGCGAUCUAAUAGAAGCACGUUCAUGCCUUCCUAACUCGGAUUACGGUCAGGAGCUGAAUAGGUGGCAUGCAAAUUGUGACAAGUUAGGGUUGUUACUAACAUUAGCCACAACUAUGGUCUAAAUUACAUAGUCCACAAGAUCGCAGAGAGUAGGUAUAUAUAGGUAUUAUAUUAUAUGCAAAGAGAGCAUCCUCUAACUAUAUGAUCAUGACAAGUUGGUAGACCCCGUACCUGUUUACCGUUCAUCAUCUCAGU